AUGAUCAAGCACUGCAGAGUUGCCUACAAGGAUGCUGAAGUUUUCUUGGCUAAAGCACAUGAUAAACAAUACUUCUUUGGUAACACUAAUACCAUUAGGAAGACUGUCUCAACUGUUUCAUCAAGCAAUGCUCCAGCUUCAAGGGGAAAUCAAAAGAAGUUUGUGAAGAAUGAAAAUGGAGAUGAUGCUGCAAAUGAGGAAGACUCCAGACUUGGAAAAAGGCCAAGAAGCACUAAUAGCACCAUGUCUACUGAAGGAAGUGUUGAAAACAUCUCUUCCAACAGCAACACAACACCCAUUACAGUCAAUCAGACUUCUCUAAAAAUCACCACUGGAGAUAAUCUAAGCUAUGCUGCAAAGAAGGAUAGUCAGGAAGAUCCUAGCAAACUAGAAUUUCUUCUUACUUGUAUGUAUGGGUACUCUCAACAUGAUAAGAAAAAAGAACAAUGGAGUUUCAUUCAACAAAUUAGUACUCAAAAUAGUAGUCCUUGGAUUGUGUUAGGAGACCUAAACUUCCAUAUUUUAGACAGCUCUAACAGUACUUCCUCUUCCAUGGAUGGUUGGGUUAAUAAUUUAGUGGCUAACAGUGGCUUAGAAGAUAUUGGUUUUGUAGGGAAAGACUACACAUGGACUAGUAAUAAUUUAGGUACUGGUACCAUGAGAUCUAGGAUUGAUAUGGCUUUAGGCAAUGGAGAAUGGAAUACUCAUUUCCCUAACUCUAAAUUGUUUCAUCUCACCCAAGAACUAAUUGCUGGAAACCUUUUAAAAAUUUUCUUACCUGGCUUAAUGAUAAUGCUUGCUCUAAUAAUAUUGCUAAUACUUGGAAAAAAUAAUGUUGUUGCUUCACCUGGGUUUCAACUUGUCAAAAAACUUCAGUUCACAAGGAAAGAUUUAUCUAAGUGGAACAUGGAACAUUUUGGGGAUAUUAACAUUAAGGUUGAUAAUCUUCAAAAAGAACUAGAUGUACUUCAAGCACAACCACAAGGUAUUGUUUCUGAAGAACAAAUCAAGUCAAUUAAUUUGGAGCUGAGCAAGUGGAAUAAAACCAAGAGUGAAUUCUAUCACCAGAAAUCAAGAGAGCAUUUCAUUAAGGACAUGGACAACAAUAGCAAAUAUUUCCAUACAAGAACCAAUAGGAAGAGAACAAGAAAUAAUAUAGAUUCAAUCAAGAAUCACAAUAAUGUCCGGCUUCACUCAAGAGAGCAAAUUUCAAGUCAUCUUACUUCUCAUUUCAGAGAAAUCAGUACUUCUACUUCUCCUAUUCUGGAGGACGAUUAUUACCAUGUUCUUCCUACAGUUAUUAAUUCUGAGGAUAAUUCACUUCUUACAAGGAUUCCAUCUCAAGAAGAAAUAUUUUCUACUCUCAAAUCCAUGCAGAACUGGAGUGUUCCAGGUCCAGAAGGCUUCCAAGCAGGCUUCUAUAAAAGUCAGUGGGAUACUGUAGGCACAGAUGUAUGCCAAAUGGUUUCAAUAUUUUUUGAAACUAAACACAUUCUUAAGCAAAUCAACAAUACUUACAUUUCUCUUAUUCCUAAGAAAAAGAAAUGCAUUUCAGCUGCUGAUUAUAGGCCAAUUGGCUUACGAAACACUUCCUACAAGAUUAUUUCAAAAAUCUUAGUAGGAAGAAUGGAACCUCUUAUGCCUAAGAUUGUCUCCCCAUUUCAAGCUGCCUAUGUUUCAGGUAGGCUUAUUAGUGAUAACAUGUAA